AUAGACGCGGGCCCACCCUGCAGGCAUGCUCCACAUGCCUCGGCCGUUAGCAGAACCGGUGCCCACCAGAGGCAGAGCAUUCCCUGCACCGCUGGCGUUCAGCGCGGAGCAGCCAGAUUCAGAAACGCCUCCGCUCUCACGGAGACGCAGCAGAAACAGGCGUGUGACGACGGGGUUGAGUUCAAAGCGAAUGUCGAGCAGCGGGAGCACGAGAGGUCGCAAGGGCACAAGAGAAUUGCUCUCACUUUACACACAUCUGCUGCAGCUCCGACCACGGCCACCAUCCGUCCAGCAAAGUUUCCAAUCUUCUGUCCUCAGCUGCGAAUAAAACAUGCAGCGCUUCUAUUUUUAGACUUUUAACACAGCAGCAGCAGCAUCAUGAUGUUGGAGCCGGUCUGAGCUGUGUUUCACUGUAAAUGACUAAAGGUGAACACGCAUCCUCUGAGGCCCAUCAGGCUAGACUGUAGCUGCUGUGAUGCCAUUACAUGUUAUACACUGGUUGGAAACGUGUGAAGCACUGGAUCAAAGUGGACCACAGACAUUUCAGCUGCAAUUAAAUUAAAAACAUGUAACGUUCGUUAAAACUGCGGAUGUGACUGAUCCUCAUUAUUGAGACAGUGAUCAUAGCAGCCAGAACCCUGACUCAAUCAAGUGACCAGACUAACUCAAUCAACCAAUCCUCCUCCACAUAAACCUGUAGGGGGCAGCAGUGAGCACCACUCAGCUUCUGACUUCCUCAUCGUACUCUUCUCUUUCACUUUGAGGAUUCCUGACUCUCUUCCUCCCUGUGCCCAACUCCUCCCGCAAACUCACCCCCACAGGACUCCCCCCACAGGACUCACCCCACAGGACUCCCCCCACAGGAUUCACCCCACAGGACUCGGUCCCACAGGACUCGGUCCCACAGGACUCGGUCCCACAGGACUCACCCACUGGAUGCUCACUGGAUCGAUAUUAUGCCGCUAAGCACACACUGAAAGAACUUUAAAAAGCUCUCCCGCUGGUUUGAAGUCGCUCGUUUCUACAGCAGCGUUUUAAUACUGACGUGGGAUGCUGGUAUUUUAUCAAUGUGCGCGGUGGGCGCCCGCUGGGUGGGUUCCUGUAGACAGAAGCACAGCGGGGGUUCGGAUCUGUGUCUGUGAGACACAGCGGCUCUUUGUUGGGCUCAGCAGACAGUCAGCGCUAUGCUGCCUCCUCUGCUCGGGGAGCAGAGUCCCGGCUAAUGAGGCAGUUAGUUCAUCAAUCUUUAACCAUUACAGUUAUAGGCAGGGUCUCAAUGUGCAGCGCUCCCCUGCUUUGUUUCCUGCAGCUCCAGGGGGAGGAGGCUGAAGUCCAGACCCACGCAGCAUCCAGCAUCAGCUCUGUGGGCAAAAGAGCAGGAACGAGCCAGUAACAUCCAGUCGGGUCGGGAGCACAGAACCAGAGCUGCACAAACACAGAGACCCUGAAAUAGUGAGAAAGGCCUGAUAGGUGUUAUACAGGAGGACGCAGACGCUCGGACACAGAGCAGAAGGUCUGACCUUUAUUUGUGACCUCACUUUUAUUGACGCCGGCUCCGCCCACGGAGGUCAGUGUGCAUUCCCAGCUGCUGAGGCCCGUCCUGUCCACACAGAACCAGCAGAGCUCAACCCAUAGCUCAACAUACAGCCGGAGACAUAAACAUCCCAGUUAGAAUGAGAGCAUUACACUGAACUAGUGAGACGCGGCGUCACAGAGAACACGUUUCCCAGCAGUAAAUGUCUCCACAUCCUUGAUGGAUGCAAACCUUCACAUUAUGACAUUAAGACUUGCAGCUGCGUCUCUAGGAGACACUUGAAGUGCCAGGAAAAAUGGCUCAAAUCUGACAAUCGCCUCCUUCUGCCUGCGUCCAAGUUUAGGACAACUGCAAGCGUUUGACAGGCUGCGAGGAGCUGACAACACGAAGCUGCUGGCAUUUCAGAGAGUGAGGGAGAGAAACGGGCUGGAAAAUUCCUCCAGUUUUAAAUGCCUUUGUCCGCCUCGGAGCAGUAAAUCUGAAUCCUGGCCCGUGUGAGAUGCAGAAGUCAGGGAGACGCGCUGCAUCUGUUUACAGGCAACGACAGCAACAACGACAGAAUGAAAACGAAAGCCAGGCCCAGAAACAGAACUGGUUCCUCCGUCUGACACCAGAACUUCCUGUCCUGACGCUCAGCUCGAUGCACAGUCUCCCAUCAACAGCCACAGUGGCUGAAAGAAGUGAGCAAAUGGAACAAUCACCAGGCGCUGGAGGAAGCGGCGCCACAUGUGGACCGGGCCUCACUCAUCUGACCACGACGCGCUCGGCCGUGAGUCAGCGCGAAACCAUCUGAGGUUUUAGUCAUUCAUGUCCGUCCUCAACAAGCACAGGCUGCGUUUCUCCUAAUUUGGGGAGUGAGAGCAACACGCACUGAGUCAGCACGGAAACACGAUAAACAUUUGGCCAAAAAUAGCCGACUGGACCGACUGGAAUCAGAGAUACUACGAGUCGGACCCUGGAUGAGGAUAGAAACACGAUUCACGGAGCUUCCUAUCGUUUCUAUUGUGUGGAGCCCUUCCUGCGUUUGUGCAGCGGAGGUGCUGCCCUUCGCUCCGUCUAAACAACCACACAUUCAUGGAACCUCGGCAGCCUCUUCAGACUCCGUGAGAGGACACAUAAUGUCACGCAGCCUCAAGCAUCUGGGCCCUGUGCUCCGUUUUGUCUCCAGGCCUCCCCUCGGCCGCCCUCUCCUCCGCGCCGCACAGUGGCUCCAGUGGAAUGUGAUGACCACGGAGGGGACAAAGCCCUGCAUUCAUGCCCCGCGUCCCACUGCAAGUCUGGCCUGAGAGCCUCCAUCGCGGAGCGGAGGCCGCGUCCGAGAGCGGCCGACCCGCAGCCACGUCUGCAUCACUCAGCGCUCCGCCGACCACUCUGGGCACUUUGGAAGUGAUGCAGCACAAGCUGGAGUCCAUGUCAAGCAGCAGAAAGCCGGCGCCCAUUACGUUUAAUGGCUGCAUGAGCGAUUUAAGAGGCGUUGUGAAGAGAGAGCAACCGAAAACAAUGAGCAGAGCUAAUUCUGGAGAGAUAAAUCAGUGGGUUUUCACAGAGCGACUUCACACAGGGCCAUAAAGAGCCCGCUGCCGGCCUGUCUGUCUGCCUCUGCUGCUCCGUCUCAGGAUCUAAUUCAGCCUCCAUUUGCCUCCUUUGUGCAGGUAAUAUAAUAGAGGCCUCGGUAGUUACCGUGCAACCCCACGCAAACACGCAGACAGGCUGCAGGUGGAAACACAGCACGUGUCUGUGGACGAGCCAGAUGUUUGGCUCAGACUCAUCAAGUGCUGACAAUUAAUCAACGAUACUUUUAUUAUACUUAGUUACACUUAAAGCAGUAAUCACCAGCGGCACCCUAAUUAAAUCUGCUGUAAAACAACCCAGCUCCCUCGUUUUAAUGGAGCAGCUUUGAAGCUAAUUGAAUUAUUACUGACACAGCACUUUCAUUUAAAGCCUUUUUUGGGCCUAAACGCUUAACUGGCAGCCGCAGUCCCAAUAAAAUGAAAUUGCAAUGCGUACGGAGAGAUUUUAUUGCAUUUCUGCUGCUUCGCUGCAACGAUUUAGCUUUUUAUUAAAGUCAGAUGGAAAAAAUAGGAGCGAGAGGAAUAUCAUGGCUCCCAGAGUAAACAGUCAGGCCACACUGAGCAGCCCAGAGCCAUCUGUGAUUUUCCCAGCAGGGGACACUAAUACUGUCAUUGGGUUUAAUGGUUCAUCUCAUCCCCUGCUCCUCUCCUGGUGUGGCCGUCCUCCUCAUAGACGGCUCCAUGCACAAUUCAUGAGAGGAAUCUGAUGCCGUGGAGUCGGCCCGAGCGAUGCAGGCAGACGUGCGAGCGGGCGAGCGAGCGAGCGAGCGACCGAGCACAGGAUUUAAAACAGGAAACCUUGCAGUGGCGUGAGCAGUCAAACAGGAAGAAGUCAGAGAAAGCGGUGGGUGGCGAAAACACCAGCAGCCGCAGAGGGAAUGGAUGUGGGCGUGUUUUCACUGGGUGGGAAUGUUUCAGACCUCCUGUCUGUUGUUGCCAGCGGUCAGCAACGAGCAUGAAAACGUGCAGUCCUUCCUGAGAGCAUCGCUGCUGCUGUCUAAGUGGAGGUGACAGCGCGCCUGCUCCCUCAGACAUCUCCACUAUGCAGCAAUUCACAACACUCCCCCACGGGCCGCAGGCAGGCAUAUAUAUAGGCCCGUCUAAUGUUUCCUCACGUUCUGAGGCCGCUGGGAGAACGGCCGGGAAGCACUUUUCCAGCGCCUCCGUGCAGGACGGGAAUCUCAUACGAGGGCUCGCGCUCUGUGCGUCUCUGGGAGGUAUUUAUAGCGGCUGAGGUCAGGGCAGCUUGGCCUUCUUCAACCUGGCCAUGUUAAGUGAUGCUACAGGCCGCAGGGGUGGGGCCAGGGCGCGUCGUUCCAUUCUAAAUCCAAAGGCCCAUGUUUACGACAAUAGUAGCCUGACGACAAGGUGCAAAACAGGGCACGCGAUCGGCCCGUUUGAAGCCGUCCACGCCCUGAGGAACGCCUCAAGCUCCACCUAGCAUCAGAGCCAUGGCCUGUGUGCUUGGUUUUGAUCCAGGCUCAGGUCGGGCGGCCAUCUGCCCCGAUUGGCUGGUGGCAGAAAAGCAGCAAACAGAACACAGGGCCCAUGGGAAGCACAGCCCUGAGGCUGAGGAGGUAGAAAGCAUCAGCAUCUGCUGCUGGUGAGGUUUUAUAGCCAAAGUUUAGAGCAGCUCUAAUAAAAGCACCAACAUAUUUAAUGAUUGGGGUUCAUUUUUCUUGUGUUUCCUCUACGACAGAGACGCUCAGUGACUCCUGGCUACUGCUGUGUCCACUGCUGUGUCCACUGCUGUGUAGUGGAAACGGGGCUAUCGUCUGUCCGGCCCGACCCCUUCACAACACAUUAGUGCUGCUGUAAUCCAUCCAGAGCUGCCUCCUCAGGGUGGGGUGGCGGCGCGGUGCCACCUGAUGCUGCCUGGAGACCGACUGGACUCCAAGACAAAGCUCAGAUUCCUUCUAAGAAAACAUGCCAGAAAUCUUGGACAGGCCAACUCCUGCAGCCCGCGGCUGAAGCACCAUUGGCUGGCUCUGUGAAUGAAUCCAUUAUGCAUGUCAGUUCACCUUUAGCGUGUUGUUGAGCUCAUUUCCAGGUAAACACGGCCGAGAGCUUGUCGGAUCGGAGCAGUGAAGGAAAAUAGCUCGUGGUACCAAGGCGAAGAUGGAGCUGAUCGGAUCCACCCUGACGGCCACGUAUGCUCGGCCAAAGACCAGCCACUUCCUCCCCGCCAUCUCCACCAUGGCCUCCAGCUACCGCGGCACCCAGCCUGCCUUGCUCAUGAACCCCAGUGCCAACCUGUGGAGGACCAACAGCUACUACAAGAGCAGCAGCCUGGUCCCGACCGCCGCCUCCUUACAGCGAGAGAACCUGGACCUGGCCCGGGCCAAGACCAUGUUCUAUCCAUCCAACAGGACAGCGCUGACCACCCGCUACACGCCCGAGGACUGGCACAAGUCCAACCAGAACAACUACAGGGAAUCCGAAUCGUCCCGGAAAAGCGCAGAGCGCCUCAGGAAGGACACGAUUAGACUGAUGCAGGACAAGGAGCAGCUGACCAGACGGACUCAGGAGAGCACCAGCAAGAACAUCGGCGAGCGGCUCAACGACAUUGUGUUCUGGAAGUCUGAGCUGAGCCACGAGAUCGACAGCAUGGUGACAGAGAUCGCAGCUCUGACCGAGGUCAAGAGGAGGCUGGACCGAGCCCUGGCCGAGACGGAGGGGCCCCUUCAGGUGUCUCAAGAGUGUUUGUACCACAGAGAGAAGCGGAUAUCCAUCGAUCUGGUACAUGAUCACGUGGAGAAAGAUCUGAUCAAGGAAGUGGAAGUCAUCAAGUCGUGUCAGGAAAGGAUGAGGAGGCACCUCGACCGAGCUGUUGCUCAGCUUGCCGCCAACCGAGCAGCGCAGCACGAGCUAGAAAGAGACAUGAGCGACAAAGUGAACGCUCAGAGGAUCGACGACAGGUGUCACCAUCUGAGGAACACGUCGGACGGGAUCAGCUAUUACCGAGGGAUCGACCGGCUCGACCCGGCGCUGUCUGUGCCGGACUCAUGGUCCAGGUUCACAGACGACAACAUCCUGCAGUCCCAGAGCCAACGGGCCGCGUCCCACAAGCUCAGGGACGAGAUAGAGAUCCUGCUGAGCACCACGUCCAACGAGAUGUGGACCCAGUUCAACAGCGUCAACGUGGCCUUCACCAACCGCAUCUCAGAGACGGCGGAUGCAAAGAGCAGCCUGCAGACCCACCUGGCCAAGACUCUGCAGGAGAUCUUCCAGACCGAGAUGCUGAUCGAGUCUCUGAAAAAGGCCCUGAGAGACAAGGAGAACCCGCUGAAGGUGGCCCAGACCAGGCUGGAGGAGAGGACGCGCAGGCCCAACGUGGAGCUCUGCAGGGACAACCCCCACCACAGGCUCGUGGGUGAGGUGAGGGAGAUCGAGGACACCAUCCAUAAGCUGCAGGAGCGUCUGAGGGAGGCGGAGGGCGCCCUGCAGAUCCUGGUGAAGGCCAAAGUCAGCCUGGAGCACGACCUGUCCAUCAAGGCCAACUCGCUGUUCCUGGACCAGGAGCGCUGCAUGAGCAUACGCAAGAGCUUUCCCAGCAUGCCGCGCCUGGUGGGCUACGCCUAGGCUUCUACUGCUGUGAUGGUUUUAAUGGUGUGGGUGGUUUUAACCAGUGGCUUGAUUUACUGAAUGCACACAAAACAGAAAAAACAAUUACAAUGAUUAAACUGCUUUAA